GCCGGAGCGGCGCGGGAGCGGGGCGGAGACACAUCUGCUGCCAUGGUGAAUGAGAAGCACAAUGGCACCCUGCUUGUGCAGCUGGGGCCCAAGCUGCAGGCCCGCCCAGAGAAGCUGCUCCAGCAGCGGCGGGGCCACGACGACCGUCCGGAAUACCUGGUGCAGUGGAGCGUUGUUAGCUUGGAAGAGAGAGCAGCGGGAGGCGGCAGUGCCUCCUCUGGAGAGACCAAGGCAGAGAACAUCUCCAUGUGGAUGUCUGCAGAAGAGGUCUGCGCCAGCUGCCCGGUGCUGCUGGGCCAGAGGAGGCCGGAAGGGCCAAGGCUGAAAGAGGAGAAGGCGCCUGGUCCAUUGGCCACGGAAGCCUCGCUGGCCGAAGCCUCGCUGGCCAAAGCCUCGCUGGACGAAGCCUCGCUGGCCAAAGCCUCGCUGGACGAAGCCUCGCUGGCCAAAGCCUCGCUGGACGAAGCCUCGCUGCUGGAGAUGAAGGCCGAUGUCAGGAGCCUGGUGCAGCGAGCCAGGCGCCAGGUGGCCGAGGCCGGGACACCCGAGUGCUCCAUCCUGAGCACGGUGCACGUGCUGGGUGCCUACGCCAGCAUCGGCUCCCUGGCGGGCGCCUUCAGGGAGGCGGGAGCCCUGGAGCUGCUGACGAGGAUGCUGUGCCACAGGGAGAAGCAGAUCCGCCGCAGUGCCGGCGAGAUGCUGCACGCUCUGGGUGCACACGAUGCAGGGAGCCGGGCCUAUGUGCUGCUGUCCCUGAGCCAGCAGGAUGGCAUUGAGCAGCACAUGGACUUCGACAGUCGCUGCACCUUGCUGGAGCUGUUUGCUGAGGUCAUGUCCUCUGCAGAGCACUGCACGUCCUUCGAGGGGAUUCACCUCCCACAGAUCCCUGGGAAGCAGCUGUUUGUGCUGGUGAAGCACUACCUGUGUGUGACUUCUCUCCUGGACAAGCUGAGCAGUGGCGUGGAGCAGGGAGAGGAGCAGCAGGGCUGUGCUGUGCCCAGCCCUGUCCCUGAGGAGAGGAGCCGUGUGAAGCAGGAGUUUGAGUUCAGCAUGGCCAUGGCAAACCUCAUCUCGGAGCUGGUGCACGUGAUGGGCUGGAGCCACAGGCACAAGGCAGAGCCGCUGCCCCAGCGGGACCUGCAGCCUCGCCCUGUCCGUUCCAUCUUCCAGCACAAGACCCCGAUCCUGAACAAGUUCCUGGACAGUUAUGAGGAGGAUGUGCUGCCCUGGCAUGAGUGUGUGGAGCCCUGUGUGUCCUUCCUGAUCACCCACAGCAGCAGCUGGGAGGUGCUGCAGGAGGUCGUGGGCUUCCUGCACCGCCUGGGCAGUGCCAGCAAGGACUGUGUGGUGGUGAUGUGCCACGUGGGCACCCACGAGGCUCUGUGCAAAGCCCUGGAAAAGCACAGCACAGUCCUGGCGCUGGCACCGGCCCUGCUCAACCUGCUGACGGAGUGUGAGAAGUACGCCGGCCUCUACAAGAAGCUGAUGAGCAGCAUCUUGGCUGGCUGCAUCCAGCUGGUCCUGGGACAGAUUGAGGAGCACCGCCGGAGCCAGCAGCCCAUCAGCAUCCCCUUCUUUGAUGUCUUCCUGCACAACCUAUGCCAAGGCUCCAGCAUGGAGGUGAAGGAGGACAAGUGCUGGGAGAAGGUGCAGGUCUCUUCCAACUCGCACCAGGCCAGCAAGCUCAUGGACAGGAACCCCAGGACCUACUGGGAGUCGAACGGCAGCACCGGCUCCCACUUCAUCACUGUGCACAUGCAGUGUGGAGUGGUGAUCAGGGAGCUGAGCAUGCUGGUGGCCAGCGAGGACUCCAGCUAUAUGCCAUCGAGGGUCGUGGUGCUGGGUGGGGACAGCCCUGCCACCAUCAGGACAGAGCUCAAUGCGGUGACCAUCCUGCCCUCGGACAGCAGAGUGAUCCUGCUGGAGAACAUGACCCGCUUCUGGCCCAUCAUCCAGAUCCGCGUGAAGCGGUGCCAGCAGGGUGGCAUCGACACACGCGUGCGUGGCAUCGAGGUGCUGGGUCCCAAGCCCACCUUCUGGCCCAUCUUCAGGGAGCAGCUGUGCCGGCGGACGUUCCUCUCCUGCACUGCUCGGGCUCAUGCCUGGAGCCAGGAGAUCUGCCAAGACCGGGGGCGGCUGCUGCAGCUCUUUGGCAGACUGAACCGGGCGCUGCGGCACGAGCAGGGCUUUGCCAACCGCUUCCUUCCCGACAACGAGGCAGCCCAGGCACUGGGCAGGACGUUCUGGGAGGCCCUGGUGAACCCCUUGGUGCAGAGCAUCACCAGCCCAGACCCUGAUGGUGUCAGUCCCCUGGGCUGGCUGCUGACUGAGUACCUGGAGAGCGUGGAGCUGUCCCGCCGUGCCACAGGACACAGGGCUGCCUUUGCUUCCUGCGUGCGGCGCCUGACCCAGCUCCUGGUGCACGUGGACCCCGGCGGCCCCGAGCCAGAGGAGACCAGAGCAGCUGGUGGGAAGGAAAGGAAGAACAAGGAGGUGCCAGCCAGGACUGCAAAGGCGGUGGUGGAGAAGUCGAGAGGCCUGUGGGGAAUUUCGCAGUGCUGGCGCGGUGUGGUGCAGCAGCAGGUGCAGCGGUUCCUGGAGGCGGCGGGGCAGGCGCCGGACCUUGCGGAGCGCUACUGCCGGCUGUACCGGCGCCUGCGCGGGGCCACAGAGGAGCUCUUUGGGCAGCAGGCCGCCUUUGUGCUGGCCCUGGGCCAGGGCUUUGCCGGGGCUUUGCUGCAGCUCUCCUUCCUGACUGCGCUGCACGUGAGUGAGCAGUUUGCCCGCUACCUUGACGUGCAGAUCCAGGAGCUCCGCAGGGCUGCGGGCAGCACAGGGCCUCUGGAGCGGCUGCAGCAGUUCUUGGAGCCCUUUGUCGUCUUCAGUGGCCUGGAGUUUGCCCACACCUUUGAACACUUCUACAGGCACUACCUGGGGGACCGGCUCCUGACACAAGGGCCGUCAUGGCUGGAGGAAGGCAUCGUGGAGCAGAUCGGGCUGUGCUUCCCCAGCCGCUUUCCCCAAGAUAUGCUGAGCAACUUGGCCGAGUCGGAGGAGCUCCAGCGGCAGUUCCGCCUCUUCCAGCUGCAGGAGCAGGAUAAGCGGCUGCUGGAGCUGGACACGGGCCUGGAGGAGGUGCUGGGAACAGCCACAGUGACAGACGUGCCAGAGGUGAAGGUGCUGGCCCUGUCCCCGCGCUGCUGGCCUGUUUCCCCGCUGUGUUACAUGGAUAACCCUGGGAGGUUUUUCCCAGCGGUGCUGAGCUCCCCACUGGAUGAGUUUGCUGACUUCUGCUGGCAGAGCCAGAGCCAGCUGGGCUGGGAGUGCACGAAGCCCCGUCGGCUGCAGUGGACGUGGCUGGGCCACGCCGAGCUGCAGUUUGGAGACUGCGUUCUGCACGUGUCCACGCUGCAGAUGUACAUCCUGCUGUGCUUCAACAGCGCCCAGGAGGUGGCUGUGGAGGCCCUGCUGCAGGCUACAGGGCUCCCUGCUGACCUGGUGCACCAAGCACUGACACCGCUGACCCACGGCCAGGGCAUCCUGGUGGGGAGCUGCACGCCAGGGGGUGCACUGCGGCUGAACCAGGCAGCCCUGGCCCAGAGCUCCGACCGCCAGCUGAGGCUGCUGCCCCAGCAGAGGUACCUGCGGACAGAGAGGGCCGAGGUGAGCGCCCUGGAAAGGAAGAGGAACGUCCUGUGCUGCCUCAUCACCCGCAUCCUCAAGGUGGAGAAGCAGCUGCACAUCGACAACCUGGUGUUCAGGGUGAUCGAUGCCUGUCAGAAGGGCGAGCUGGGCCCCGGGGUGCAGUUCCUGAGCUUCUGCUGCCACAGUGUGGACGUGCUGUCCUGCAUCCUGCACCUGCUGAACCAGGGCUAUCUCCAGCGCCAGGAGGGGAGGCCUCAUGUCUUGGAAUACAUCUCUGCUGAAUCCACAACGCUCCCCACUUCUCAGGUCCAGCCACAGGUUGCCUUCCAGACUGUAGAGAUUAAGACAGCAGCAAGUCUGGCCUCUGCCGUCUCUGAAAGGAGACAGACUUUUUCCACAUUCAGGUAGAUUGAGAACCUGGCUGGGAGAACUCAGGCUGAAUCCAGUCUAUCUCUUCCUAAACACAUGUGAGUUUUAUUUAAAUAAAUGAGCCAAACUCCACCCAG